GUAGUGUCUCUAAAACAGUUCAGCGUGACACUGUUUAUAUCUUCGGGGCUGUCAGGAACACCGUUCACUCCUCUGACUUUACGGGGUGAAAAGUGCGUAGCUAUACUUUGUGGACGAGACGCUCGAGUCGUGCAACUUUUGAAAACUUGAGAAACUGACGCUGAUGGGAAAUAGCGAUGGCCUCUCCAUCAACAUCAACAACAGCAGGACAAGAUAUGACAUCUGACUCAGAGCUCUUACGCCUGGGGGGCAUCGAGUCCUUGAAACUGAAGGUGGGGCCGGUGCGGAGGAACCUCUUCGGGCCCGUGGACCACCAGCAGCUGCAGCAGGACUUCCAGCGGCUGCUCUGCAUGAACGUGGAGGUGGCCAACAAGCGCUGGAACUUUGAUUUCCAGAGGGAAACACCGGGAAAGGGCUCCAACAUCCAGUGGGAGGAGCUCAGGUGCCAGGACGUGCCAGCGUUUUACCACAGCUGCACGGUUAGGCCAGUGGCCCUGCCAGUGGGCAAAAGGCGGACAUCGUCUUCGUCAGGCGAGGGUUCCACAGAAUCCUGCAGCUCGUCUGGGGAUGAGUACCUGGAGGUGACCGCCAGGGGGUGCUAUCGGCUCAGACGGCAAGGAAAACGCAGACAGUCUGCCAUCACAGAUUUCUUCAAGGUGAAGAAGAGGAAGCUUCUGCAUUACAAAGCGUCUUCUCGGCAGUAGAAAAGCACAGCUACUCCCAGUGAAUGAUCACUUAGUGGUCGAUAUCCCUCUACACGUCACCUCACAUAGAUAUGUGUCAUAUCAUAUGUAUAUAUGUAGCAAUCAGACUGUCAAGCUCACACAGCAUGGGCUUAAAAACUUUUCUGACACCACAUAACUAACUUUCAGCACAAGGAAGCUACCAUUGUAAGUAAUAAGUGACAAGUUAAUCAAGCUCAGAUUUUAGAAACGGUUUUUGUUGAUAAUUAGAAAUAUUCUAUAUACUGUUUUCCUCAGAGUAUACUGUGAAAUUAUUUUGAAUGCGCUCUUAAUAACAGGCUCUAGUUUUAAGAGGUUAGUUUUCUUGUGAAUGGGCCUUGAAAAGUAUUUCACCUCAGUCCUCAACCUUUUUUCUCCCUCUUGCUAAAAGUCAUAAGAGGUUUUGAUUAGACGAGUUACUAUUCCUGGCCUCGCACCACACUUAGCCUUUAGUCUCACCCCUCGGCUCCCAAAGCUUGAGUCAAGCCAGGGGUCAAAACCUCACCCAGGGCUCAAAAUCUGGCAGCGCGACUGUGAUUAGUUUGAGGUUAAAGGUCAACGGUGGAGGUUCAGCAAUGAUGUAAUUCAGCAGGACCUGUACGACUUCAAAAACAACGUCGUGGAAACCUGUGCCAUUGUCCCCGAAUCACGUGGUAGACUAUAAUUCAUUGUGGCUCAUAUACACUCCACCAUUGCCACUUAAAAAUAUAGGCCAUACACAUUUUACACCAUCAAAACACAGCAAGAAAUAUACAAAUUUCAAACUAUAUUUCUUUAUUGCUUUGUAUUAUUAGCAUAACGGGGUUGGAAAGACCAAUUUAUUUUGGCAACAGACCAGGACUUACCUUAUUUAGUUUUUAUCAGCUGUAUGCUUUUAAAAAUGUAGCAUUUUCUACUCCUUGUCUUCAUGUCUUGUCCACCUUGUAGGUUUUAAGUGCGCCUCUUUUCUCCAUGAAGGGAAUGUAGUGUUUUAUCACUGUGUUGUAGCUCAGAGGAAUCCAAUUUUUUAAUUUUAAUGCCAGCUGCUUCACAUUUUCUGCCGCCUUGCAGUCCUAUAAGUGUUUGCAUAGUCUGUACGUGCAUAUAAGUGCCUGUGUAUAAAUGCGUUGGUUUGGUGUUUAUCUUGAGGUUUUCCACGAGUUGUAAAAGUCGUGGCGGCUGAGGCAGUUGAACCAAAGAGGAACUGCUGUGCCAUUAAAUUGGUAACACAUAAUUUAUACAGGUCAUUCACUGUUUGAGUGAUCAUUCAUAGGCCAGAUCUCAAACAUGUCAGCAUGCUCAAAUAUAUAAAGUGUAAAGACUCAAAUAGGACGUGCCUCCUUUUCCCCCUCCCUACAGUCAUUCUAAUUUGUAUAUGGAUAAAAAGCCAUAACCUGGAUAAAUCCACUCUUACUACCUCAUCAGGAAAAUAAACAAGUAAAAUACAGGCAAAAGAGAGGCAGAGAGACGGGGGGGUAUUAUUCUAUUGUGGUAAAAGAUGUUCAGGUUCAGCACGCCAUGUAGAGUUUCACAUCAGGUGAAGGAGUCAAGAGUGGGGCCCAGCUCCACGCAGAGGAAACUCCGGUCCCUCGGGCGGUUUUGGUUUAACAGCUUUCCCAGAAAUAGAGCAGAAGGAUAGUGGUGGUGGUGGUGGGGAGUCAGGAAAAGGGACAAACUUUUAUUAGGGAAUCUUCAGGAAAAAAUGUUGUAGACCCCUUCAGGAUCAAAGGAUUUCUCCGGCCAGACAAGUGACUCGCGAUUCAGACACGCUUUUGUCUGCCCCCUUAGAAGUCUCUCAGUCUCUUUCAUGGACCAACAGCCUCAGUCUGCGAAAAAUCGCCAUGAAAUCAUGUUAACACAACGUUGGUUUCUUUAAUGGCUUAACAAGGCGAUAUUUCACAGAUCUAAAAAUAGCAAACAAGGCUAUUUAAAAGUGUUUUCAAUGUGUUAGGAUUACUUGUGUUGUUUGUCUACUUAUCUAUGUGUGUGUGUGCACCUAUCUUCUAAGCGCGUUUAAGAGGAAACUUUCAAAGUCUAUAUUAAAUUAUUUUGAGUUUGUCAUUUGUUAUGUAGGGAAAUAAUUAGAUAUACCCUACUUUUUUACUAUUACUAAUUGUGUUAUUUCCGAAACUAUAUCUUUGCACUACUUUAAAACAUUUAUGACGAGAACUAUUUUUUUAUGGUAAUCUUAAAAAAGACCAAUACAAAUAUUCACUGAGAAAAUGAGGCACUAAUUAGAAAAUUCUUGACAUUUAGAAUUAAUCAAAUAUUUUUUUCCCUCCAGUCAGACUUCAUCACACUGUUAAGACACAGUUUCUAGCGAUUGUGCAUUCAAUCCAUAGGAUUUCAUUUUACCUUUGUUAGUCUUCCUUAAAUCUGUCGGGAGAAAAUCAAAUAAGGAAAAUUAAAAUGAUAAAUGUCCGGAUUGAUCUGUUAGUGUCUCACUGUGCCCAAGCAAACUUGGCUUUCCUAACUCAGCUGUUUUUUUUACUUUGUAUAUGCAUGAAUGUAUAAUAAUCUUGCUCACCAUUUGUAAUAAUUGUAAUGUAAUUUAAUACUGGUUUAUGAAUCCUUGCAACAUGUAAGAAGUGUAUAUGUAUGGGAUCAGAGUCAUAUCCUUUUUGAUAUGUGUAUAGAAAAUAUUGUUGGGUUGUUGGUGCACUGUUGCCUUUCAUAUUGUUGAUUUCAUAUAGACUGAUUAAAAAAAAAAAUGUUAAUGAAUGAGACUGAUAUAAACCACAAGAUACUGGU